AUGGUAGAGCGCAAGGCUUCCGGAGUCUCCCCUGUGAGGGAGAAGGGGACGCCGACUCUCCGGAGGGGACAGAUCAGAAACCGCAUAAUCCUGGAGUUCUUCAGAUCACUCGCCGGGAUGGGGCAGCUCGGGUGGGGGAUCGGAGGCGUUGGAUCCAGCACCACGACUCCGGCCCCGAGCAGCACCGGCGAUUCGGACGCCUCCUCUGAACUGUGA